UACGUGCAAAAACAAAAAAAGAAACAAAUUAAGUGUGCUACGAGCGAUAGUGAUACGCAUAUUAUAAAUGCUGCUGAUAGUGGAAGAAAAUAAGCACCCCAAAAGCAGCAAUCAUCCCCCAAAUAACGCCUAGCGCCGUGUUUCUGUCCCUACGGAUGUUCAAUGGCGGACAGCGACAACGAUAACGAUGGGUUGAGCCUGUUCGAUAUCGUUUGGGAGGAUGUGCUGUACGUGAAGCUGUUUCCGCUGCUAUCGCUGAAGGAUCUGUUCAACCUACGGUGUUGCUCGCGUCUCGCCAAAACGUUCGUAGACAAUGGUUUCCGCCGACUGCCGGAGAUCAACCUGUCCGGGAACAAUUCGUCCCAUCUCGACCUUGCCUUCACUGUGCUGGCCGAAAACUGUCGCAAUGUUCGUGUGAUCAAUCUUGCACGCUGCAACUGGCUGCAGGACAGCAUUCUCUGCCCAUUGCUAAAAUACAACCACAAGCUGACCAAAAUCAAUCUUAGCCAAUGCCUCAACAUUACGCCCCGCUCGAUGCAACCGAUCAUUAUUGGGUGCAAACAGCUCACCACAUUGAAGCUGUCCCAUUGCCACUGGCUGACGAUUGGAGCGAUGGAGGCACUAACGCUGCAUCACACCAAAAUUCAAGAACUGGACAUUUCACACUGUGCCGCACUAAACGAGCGGUGCAUCUCGGUGUUUCUACUGAACUGUCGCAUGCUGAAAACGCUAUCGCUUUCCAACGUACCCGCAGUGACUGAUAAUUUGCUGUUGGCCAUUGCCAAACAUUCGAAAUUCAUCAAAAACCUCAACCUAGUCGGUUGCUACCUGAUAACUGAUCGCGGAGUUUUAGCGAUUUCUAUCUGUUGCAAGGAACUGGAAUCGCUCAUGGUGCGCGAUUGUCCUCACGUGACAGAACGAAGCCUGGCAGUGCUACGAGGGCGCGUAUUCAUCGAUCGACCGCGCGUUUUUCAACCAGACAUGAACAUGGUUCCAAACAUGGGCUUCCCUAGGCUGUUUUUACAGGUUUAAUUGUGUAAACAAUUUCUCGGUACAUGCUCCGCAGGCCAUAUCGGGAUAAUAAUUAACAGAUAAAUAUGGAAAAGGGUGUGAUAGUUAGUAUAAUAGUUAACAAACGUGACAUAUAUACACAGCACGCAUCAUUGUAAAUAUAGUAGGACACAUACCCGCAGUAGGCGGUACUUACAUAGUUGUAUACGGGGCCGUAAAGUUAAAAACAAAAAAUACACGUAAUUUAUUGAUUUCGUCUAUCGG